GAGCUAAUCUAUUUAUUACUUUUAAGAUAAGUGAAAAGAGGUUUGAAUUUUUCUUUUAAAACAGUUUCACAAAUUACAGAAUAUAAACAUUAUGCUGCUUGCAAAACUUCUUUUACUUGCAGGUUUAUGUAUUGCUUUACUAGAAAACACGUAUGCCGAGGAAUUUAAUGCUGUAUUUGACAGAAUUGUUGGUGGAAGAAAGGCAAAAGAAAAUGAAUUUCCGUGGAUGGCUUCACUUCAAGUACGAACGAGUUCAGGUUUGUUUCACACUUGUGGUGCAGUGUUAAUUACUAAGGAGUGGCUUGUAACAGCGGCGCAUUGCAUUAAAAAGUAUUCAACCGAUUCAUAUCGCAUAAUGAUUGGAAGUUCUACUUUGAAACCAGCCUUAGAAGAAAAUAUAUAUAUUAUAGAUACGAUUGUCAUAAAAUCCGACUUCAAUGCAAAGAAUUUAGAUAAUGAUAUUUGCUUGAUCCAAAUUACACCUCCAGUAACAAAACCAAUGGAUUUUUUACUUCUCUCAAAUGACCCACCUGAAGUUAAUAAUUCUGCUAUUGUGAUUGGCUGGGGUUCAUUAUCUGAAGAGGAGAAAACAGCAUCAAAUGAUCUCCAAGCAGCAGUUGUGGGCAUGAUAUCAUUUGAUGAGUGUCUUCAUUAUUUUUCAUUGACAGACUCCAUGAUGUGUGCUGGUUACAUACCUGGAGGAAUUGACGCUUGCCAAGGUGAUUCUGGAGGACCAUUACUACAAUGGCGAAAUGAAGAAGCUUAUUUGAUCGGAAUAGUUUCUUGGGGAGUUGGCUGUGCUAAACCAAACGCUCCUGGAGUUUAUACAAAUAUUUCCUUCUACAAAUCCUGGAUUUUACGUUAUGUAAAUCCAGGUAUUGUAUAGAAUAGCUCUUAAUGUAACUGUGUGUUGUUAAUGUAAUUUUCAUUGUGAGGCAAAUAAAAAAAUCAUAAUAUUCAGUUUAUAAA